AUGUUCAAUCAAGGUGGCCAACAACAGCAACAGCAGCAGCAGCAACAACAACAGCAAGCCCAGAACGUCGCCAGCGAUUCGGAAUGGUAUCAGCGAACAUACGAAUCCGCCCGUUGUUCGAAUUACCUCUGCCCCGGCACCCUCGCCUGCGUUCACUUCCCGCAUCAUUGCCCUUGUCCAUUCCCGGCUGUCGAAGAUAAAGUCGAGCUGGGAGACGGAAGUGCGAUAUGUGUCAGUAAAGGAGGUUGGAAACAGGGAGAGGCGGCGAGGAAGAUUGAGUUGGCGAGGAAGGGAAUGCUGUGA